AUGCUGCGAGCGCCCCGCUGCCGAGCCGUGCGUGCCCUGUUGCGCGGCUGCUACCGCGAGGUGCUGCCGCUGGCCACGUUCGCGCAGCGCCUGGGGGCCGAGGGCUGGCACCUGGUGCGACCUGGAGACCCAGUGGCCUUCAGUAAGCUGGUGGCCCACUGCCUGGUGUGCCUGCCCUGGGGUGCGCCGCCACCGCCCACGGCCCCCUCCUUCUGCCAGGUGUCCUGUCAGAAGGAGCUGGUGGCUAGGGUGGUGCAGCGGCUCUGCGAGCGGGGCGCGAAGAACGUGCUGACGUUCGGCUUCGCGCUGCUGGACGAGGCCAGCGGGGAGCCGCCAAUGGCCUUCACGACCAGCGUGCGCAGCUACAUGCCCAACACGGUCACAGACACGCUGCGCAGCAGCGGCGCCUGGGGACUACUGCUUCAGCGCCUGGGCGACGAUGUGCUGACUUACCUGCUGGCACGCUGCUCGCUCUACCUGCUGGUGCCCCCGAGCUGUGCCUACCAGGUGUGCGGGCCACCGCUCUACGAGCUCUGCACACUGGAUGCCAACGGCCUGGGGCUGGGCUGCGGAGCGCGGGGUGGGACCCUGCGGGCUGCGAAGCGGCAUCGAGAUGGCGAGGGUGCAAGGCUUCCCUGGUCCAAGAGGCCCCAGCAAAGGCCCCAUUUGGAGCCUAGGCAGGCCUUGCACCAGAAGGAGGCGUCCUGGGUCCCCCUACGUGGUACUAAGAAUGACACGAAGCCCGUCGCGGUGACACCUGGUCGGAGAGCUGGUCCGGAAGCCACCUCCUUGGAAGGCGAAGCUUCUGGGACUCGUCGUUUGUCCACGCAGAAGGCCAGGGCACGUGAAGCUGACCCCUCACCAUGUCCCCAGGUGUACCUGGAAACCAAGCGCUUCCUCUACUGCUCCGGGGACAAGGAGCAGCUGCCCAGUGCUUUCCCCCUCAACUCCCUGCAGGGCAGUCUGAAUGGGGCCCGAAGACUCGUGGAGACCAUCUUCCUAGGCGGUGGGCACGCGUGGAGGUGGACUCGGCCGCAGCGUCUGCCUGCGCGCUAUUGGCGGAUGCGGCCGCUGUUCCAGGAGUUGCUGGGGAACCAUGCACAAUGUCCUUACCGUGCGCUGCUCAGGACUCACUGCCCGAAACGGGGCUCCGGGACCGCCACCGCUGCUGGGAGCUUAGAGGACGACAGCCCCCAGCGCGUGGUGCAGCUGCUCCGCCAGCACAGUAGCCCCUGGCAUGUGUACAUGUUUGUGCGCGCCUGCCUCCACCGCCUGGUGCCCGCCGGCCUCUGGGGCUCCAGCCACAACAAGUGCCGCUUCCUGAGGACCGUGAAGAUGUACCUCUCUCUGGGCAAGCACGCCAAGCUCUCCCGGCAGGAGCUGAUGCAGAGGAUGAAAGUGCAGGACUGCCAGUGGCUACGGGCAAGCCCAGGGCAGCGCACGGUCCCGGCUUCGGAGCACCGCUUGAGAGAGGAGAUCCUGACCAAAUUCCUGCUCUGGCUGGUGGACACGUAUGUGGCCGGGCUACUCAGGGCCUUCUUUUAUGUCACUGAAACCAUGUUUCAGAAGAACAGGCUUUUCUUUUUCCGGAAAAGCGUCUGGAGCCAGCUGCAAGACAUUGGGAUCAGGCAGCAUUUCAGCAGGGUACAGCUGCGGGAGCUGUCAGAGGCAGAAGUCCGGCGGCACCAGGAGACAAAGCCCUCUCUUCUCAUCUCCAAACUCCGCUUCGUUCCCAAGCGCCAGGGCCUCCGACCAAUUGUGAACAUGGACUAUGUCCUGGGGGCCAGAACCUUCCGCCGAGAAAAGAAGGCCCGGCCUGUCACCUCGCAGAUGAAGAACCUGUUCAGCGUGCUCAACUAUGAGCGGGCACUGCGGCCAUGGCUGCUGGGGGCCUCCGUGCUGGGCAUGGACGACAUCUACAGGGCCUGGCGGGCCUUCGUGCAGCAUGUGCGGGCCAGGCUCCCGGCCUCACCUCUGCACUUUGUCAAGGUGGACGUGACGGGGGCUUACGACGCCAUCCCGCACGACAAGCUGGUGGAAGUGGUCGCCAACGUGAUUAAGCCCCAAGAGAAAGUGUACUGCAUCCGGCGCUACGCUGUUGUCCAGAAGACUGCCCAGGGCUACAUCCGGAAGUCCUUCAAGAGACACGUCUCCACUUUGGCCGACCUCCUGCCGUACAUGGCCCAGUUCCUGGAGCAUCUGCAGCAGGAGGGCUCGCUGAAGGACUCCGUCGUCAUUGAGCAGAGCUGCUCCUUCAAUGAGACUGCCAGCAGCCUUUUCUCUUUUUUCCGUCACUUGGUGCACAACAACGUCAUCCAGAUCAGGAACAAGUACUAUGUCCAGUGCCAGGGCAUCCCACAGGGUUCCAUCCUGUCCACUCUGCUGUGCAGCCUCUGCUACGGGGACAUGGAGAACACGGUGCUCCCCGGGAUUCAGCAAGAUGGGUUGCUUUUGCGCCUGGUGGAUGAUUUUUUGCUGGUGACGCCCCACCUACCCCAAGCUCAAGCCUUUCUGAGGACCCUGGUGGAAGGCGUCCCUGAGUACGGCUGCAUGAUCAACCCGUGGAAGACGGUGGUGAACUUCCCGAUGGGCAAUGGCCCGGGUGCCGCGGGCAUCGUCCAGCUGCCAGCCCACUGCCUGUUCCCCUGGUGCGGCCUGCUGCUGGACACGCGGACGCUGGAGGUGUUCUGUGACUACUCCAGCUAUGCCCAGACCUCCAUCAAAACCAGUCUCGUCUUCAACCAUGGCUUCAAGGCGGGACGGAACAUGCGUCGUAAGCUCUUUGCGGUCCUGCGGCUCAAGUGCCACAGCCUGUUCCUGGAUCUGCAGGUGAACAGCCUGCAGACUGUGUAUAUCAACGUUUACAAGAUCUUCCUCCUGCAGGCCUACAGGUUCCACGCAUGCGUGCUUCAGCUCCCGUUCCGGCAGGGAGUUGGAAAGAACCCCGCCUUUUUCCUCGGCAUCAUCUCCGACACAGCCACACGCUGCUACAGCAUCCUCAGGACCAAGAACAUGGGGAUGGUGCUGGGCGGCCCAGGUGCCAUUGGCCCCUUCCCUUCCGAGGCUGUACGCUGGCUCUGCCACCAAGCUUUCCUGCUGAAGCUGGCACGCCACCGAGUCACCUACAAGUGUCUGCUGGGGACGCUCAGGACGACCAAGAUGCAGCUGGGCCGCAAGGUGCCCAAGGCGACGAUGGCCCUAUUGAAGGCUGCCACUGCCCCAGCCCUGCUCUGCGAGUUCAAGACCAUCCUGGACUGAUACCACCAAUGCCUCAGCCUUGCAUGGAGGCUCAAGACGGCCCUGGGUCAGCCAGUGCCAGAUGA